UAAAUGGUCGCAGGUGCGUGUUAGUAGCAUUUAAAGGUUUGAAGGGAACCGGAGUCGUUUUCACACACAGCUGCUGACUUUGAGAGGACAGGAUGCCACCGAGGCGGACGAAAAACGCCGGAAAAGCCCACGUUAAAGAACAACUGGACCGGGAGAUGCGACGGUGCAGACUGGCUCUCUUCAUUCAACAGUUUGAGAAAGAAGCACAAGAGCGUAUGAACGAGUUAGAAGCCAAAUUGGAUAACAUGUUGUCAACCGUGGACAAAGUCUUCAAAGUGGAACUGAUGAAGAUGCUUCCUUCACUUCAAAACACGUUAAUAGGGGAUCUGAUAAGAGAGGAGGAAAUCUCAGCAAGUGAGGUGUCAAUCGCCAUGAAGAAUGAGUCCCUUGAGAUGCAGCAGCCACUCGCGAGGGUACGCAGUAAAAGAGUAAAAUCAACUGAUUCUAAACCAGCCCAGAAGUCCUCAUCCAAGACCGCUAAAGGAGGAAAGGGGACAAAAGCGACCAGAACAUUAGGUAGUAACAGCAUCGGGGGGCCCUUACUCACUGGCAAAAGAACUCGGGGCCACUUGACCAAGGCCAAUGACCAGACCAUACCGACCAAACCUAAACUCAGGUCUGUCGUCUCUGCUGGUGAUCUGCACUGUUCAAUGGCAGGCUCUGCUGCACACGUCACGGUUACCACAGCACAGGGACAGACUGUGUGCUUUUCUGAAGAGACAAAGGACGAAAUUAACUUGGACCUGCUGGAUGAUGUGGCAAUCUGCCAGAUGCAGAAGCUCAAGAGGCUGUUGGACUAUCUAGCAAGCCGAAGUCGCUGCAGUCAAUGAGUAAAGAUCCACUGUGACCAGGAUG